CCGUGACAUUGCUCUUUCGGAAACUGUUUACACAAUUAUUCGAAUGUCCAGACGAUCUCAGCUAAAUAGUUUUUCUUCUUCUUCGUUUCAGUUCCCUUUGAAGAUAUAGACAUGACGAGAAGUGCUAUAUUGUUCGCGAUAGUUUUCUGUGUUUUUUUCGAAAAAAUAAAAGGUGGUCCGAAACUGAUUGUGGUUUUAGUGGAUGGUGUAAGGUGGGAUCUUAUAGAUGAUCCGAAAUUGAAAGGCUUCAAAAGGAUCACGGAAACGGGAGUGAGAGCGCCUUAUGUGACACCGAUUUUCCCUUCCAUUUCUUAUCCUAACUGGUAUACCAUCGCUACUGGUCUCUAUCCAGAAAACCAUGGAUUUGUCGAUAACUAUCUUUACGAUAACGAUACGGAUACUUAUUACCUUGGGAAUUCAGAUCCAAAUUCCACGGAUCCAAUUUGGUGGAACGGGGCAGAACCUAUUUGGAUCACAGCCGAGAAGAACCAACUGACAUCUGCCAUGUAUUGGUGGGGCGGAUGCGAAGCGAGGAUCAGAGGUUACCAUCCAGCAAUAUGCGAGAGAGAACGUUUCGGUCCCUCAACGCCAGAAGAAAAAGAAGAUUUUUUGGAGAGGAUUGAUGAUAUUGUCGAAAUGUUCAAACCGUCCAAAAGAUUUCCUAAGGAUCGAUUAUCGCUUGUUCUAAUGUAUUAUGGCUCUACGGAUUACGCAGGUCAUCAAUACGGUCCAAAUUCAAAGGAGAUGAAAGAAGCUUUGUAUGACAUCGACAGCAUUCUAGAUUCCAUGAUGAAGAAGUUAAGAAAAGCUGGUUUGGAUGACGAAGUGAAUCUCAUGGUUGUUUCAGAUCACGGAAUGCAUGACCUUUCAAAUGUGAAAUUCAUUGAUAUUGAUAAAUUUAGUGAUUUCAUAAAGUAUCAAGUAUCGUUCGGAACAAUGUCAAUGAUUAUUCCACAGGAUAAUAUGCUGGAUAAGCUUUACGAAGCAAUGAAGCAAGCAAAUUUGAAUGGGGUCGAAGUAUACAAAAAAGAAAAUAUUCCAGAAAAAUAUCGAAUCAAAGAAAAUGAACGGACAACACCUAUUGUCUUGAUGGCAAAUGAGGGAUUUUUAAUUAAAGGAUUAAGUGAUCCCAACAAAGCACUAAAAGGUCACCAAGAUAAACUUCAUGGUACUCAUGGCUAUGAUCCUGCUCUAGUGGAAGAUAUGAGAACAAUAUUUUUGGCAACUGGUCCUGCUUUUCAGGAAAGGCGGUUGACUGAUGCAUUAAAUAUGACUGACCUGUAUAAUGUGAUGUGCAGUGUUCUGCAUCUUGAUCCACUACCAAAUAAUGGAUCUUUGGACAAAGUUAAAUCAAUUUUGAAGAAGGAUAAACCAUCGCCCACAUACAUUAAAUCGUCAGCCCCUCAUCACUUCUAUUUCAUCUACUCAGUGGUGUCUUCUUUACUGUGUUUAUCACUUCACAAAUUUAAAAUAUUAUGAAACUCAUGUAGGCUGACACACUUUUGAAACUGUUAUUGUUUUUAUUACAUGUACUGUCCCUGUCAAAUUUAUUAGACGCACUGUAAGAUUC